GACACCGCUCACCUGUCCCGGAGCCGCCAUGGCUGCAGUUUCCACGGCAACCGCGCUCCCCGCUAGGCCUCGACCCGGAAGUAAACGCAUCUUGCGGGGGCGGGCCAGCGAGUCGAGAUUGACUUCCGGGUCACGGCGGAGUGGGCUCUCACGUGGAGGUGGGGAAGUUUGGCCUUCGGGAAUGAUCACUAAGACUCACAAAGGAGACCUGGGCCUUGGGCUCCCAGAGAAAAAGAAGAAGAAGAAGAAGGUAGUUAAAGAACCAGAGACUCAAUACUCGGUUUUAAACAGUGACAGUUAUUUUGCGGAGGUUUGUCCCACAAGAGCCACAUCACCCUCGAAGAAUGUGGUCCAAGAGCAGGCACCCGAAAUGCCUCUAAUGAAGAAAAAGAAGAAAAAGAAGGGUCACGGCACCGUCUGCGAGGAGCCCCUAGAACCUGAGACCAUGUUACGUGCCAGACGGAUUGAGCCAUCUCCCAGCCCCAGGAAGCAGGCACUUGGUCCAUCUGAGUCCCUUGGUAGGGAAAAGAAGAAGAAGAGAAAGUCCGUGUCUCCUGGCUCAAGGAUGAAGACCUCCCCAGACCCCAGGCAGGGCGAGGAGGUGACCAGAGUUGGCAAGAAGCUCAGAAAACACAAGAAGGAGAAGAAGGCGCAGGGAGCUACAGCCUUCUCAGCCAGGGACCCUUGGUUCUGUGAGGCCAGGGACGCUUUGUACACUUGCUCAGCUGGGAAAGGUGGCGUCCCUGAGCAGGCAGCCUCGGGACAGAAACGGAAGCAGGGGAGCCCCAGGGAGCACAACAUGAAGAUGAAGAAGAAAAAGAAAACCCACCAGGAGGGAGAUACCCCCCUGGGGCACCCUGAGCUCUCCAGGUCUGUGGAGAGCAGCCGUAGGAAAGGAAGUAAAAAGAAGUCAGUCAAAGUUGAAGCUCCAGAUUACAUCCCAAUAGGAGAUGACCCCAAGGCCCCUGUGAAGAAGAAAAUGAAGUCCAAGAAAAAGGCAGAACAGGCAGACACUGAGGAGCCAGCUCUGAAGAGGAAGAGGAAGAGGCAGGAGAGCAGAGUAGCAGGAGAACCUUGGGAGGAGGAGCCAGACACGGACUUGGAGGUGGUGUUGGAAAAGAAGGGCAACAUGGACGAGGCGCACAUAGACCAGGUGAGGCGAAAGGCCUUGCAAGAAGAGAUCGAUCGUGAGUCGGGCAGGACCGAAGCUUCUGACACCAGGAAGCAGACGGGAACUCAGUUUGGCCAAUGGGAUACUGCUGGCUUUGAAAAUGAGGAACAGAAACUGAAAUUUCUCAAACUCAUGGGUGGCUUUAAAAAUCUGUCCCCUUCAUUCAGUCGCCCCCCUAACGCGGUCGGCAGGCCCAACAUGGCCCUCAGCAAGAAGGUGGCCGACACCCUGCAGCAGAAUCUGCAGCAGGACUACGACCGGGCCAUGAGCUGGAAGUACAGCCGGAGGGCCGGCCUCGGCUUCUCCACGGCUCCGGACAGAAUCUUUUAUAUUGACAGGAAUGCAUCCAAGUCAGUCAAGUUUGAAGAUUAAACUCUCCUGUCUUGUCCCCAAAACGGUUCUUUUACGCAGAUGAAAGCCAUAGGACAGUUGUCUCCAAUCGAACUCCUGCAGAGAUAAAGGACAAGUAUGUUGAUGUGCUUGGACAAACUGGGGUGAGGGCAGCUCAUUUCAGGAACCAGGAGGACAUGGGAGUGGCUGAAACCUGUUUUCUGUGUGAAGCUUCCGUCCCUGUUGAAGACAUGUUGGCUUCAUCAGGCUGGUGGAAAGAUGGCUGUAGCAGUUCCAGGCAGCAUAUCAAGACACUAGACCAUUACAGAGGAAGAAGAAAAACCUUCUUGUGGUUCAAGGAAACUUCCAGAAGCCCUUUUGUCAUAACUCAUUGCCCAGCAGUGGGUCACAUACCCAUUCUUGAGCCAGCCCCUGGCAUGUGGAGGGACACUCUCAGGCCAGUCAGGAAGGAAGACUGAGGUUCGGGUGCUGGUGAGAUGAACAUGGGUCCACUACUGCCCCAUGGGGCAGAGGUGAGGCAGGCCUGCCUGGGCCCUGACCAGCAAGCAUCGGCCAGGUCUAGAGUCCUACAAAGUCUGUGUUAGCAGUGAUUCAGGUGGGCCACUUCCCUCGGAAGGUGAACUUGGCCUUUCAUGGAUUCCACCUUGAGAUGCGUAACGGAAGAGGCCUACACGGUAAGAUUCUGCAUUUGAGUUAGCUCUUCAGGGCACAUCCCAUUCCGACAGGGGAAUAAAUCUUUCCCAGUCUUGAUCCACACUACAGGAACUUGCCCAGUGUAAAAGGAACCAACCACUGCUUCUCUAAUCGUUUUUAUUUUGCUGAGAGAUCACACUACAGUUUGGGCCUGCUUGGCUGUCAGGAAGGACUGUGCUCAGCCAUCUGCCGGGUGCUUCCGGAAGUGGCUGAGCGAUUGUCCCUGACCUGUCCCCACAGUGGCAGCUCUCACUAGGGUGUGGUGGUCAGGCCUUUCCCCUCUUACUGUUCAGUGUCUUCAGUCUGUGUGUGAUAGGCUUUGACUUUCUAGCUCAGUGUGGCUGAAUGAGUUCCACUUGGCUUGGGAAGGUUAUUAAAGUCUGUUCCUGAAGCAGGGUCUAAGCAGAGAAGGCUGGGCAGCCCAGACGGCAAGAUGCCAAGUGUCCUCAGAUUGAACUUAGCCUUGGCUCGGCUGCUCUCAUAGGUGCAGACCACUGUUGCUCUAGUGACAGCUCCUGCCCUGCAGUUAGCUGGGCCUCCGUCCUUUUGUAAAUUAAACAACAUUGUCUUGAGUCACCUAUCCCCCUUUUUCCCCAUGUCCUGGGCCCUCCUCAAGCUGUCUGCAAGUUUCUGUGGUGUGAUUUCCCAUGUUGUUCCUCAUUUGUUGACUCCAUGUAGCACACAGCCUGUCUCCGCUGGAACAAGACGGUUUUUGGAUUUUUACUCAGAAUCUGGGAGAGAUGGGUGGGAGGUCUGGUAUUUAAGCACAGCCAAGGUCUUAGCUGAAUAUGUAACAACCCUGUUCUUGAACUUGUCGGCUGUUUCUCCCUUGGGGGUUGCUCACCGACUGACCCUCCUCCUAUGGCAAGGUCCUUCCCUCCUUAUAACUGCCUUUAUCCAGCCAUUCCCCAGACCUCAUGAUUCUUAACCACUUUUUUAUUCCUUGGGGUGAUUCCUGCUCUUUUGCCUUAGCCCACUAGGCCCCUCCCUGAGGCCACCUUUCCGUAACUAGACUGGCCCAUCAAAAGUAUUUACCAGAUAGACACAGUUCUCCCCUUAAAAAUUGUGUGUUCAGCUCUGCAAACUUAGAACUGUUCAGGUUUGUGGUUGGAAUAAUGCCCCCAUGCCUCCCCCGCCCCAUCCAAGUCCUAAUAUUGGAACCUGUUAAUAUGUUGUGAUACAAAACAAAAGGGAGUUUAAGGUAGCAGAUGGAAUUAAGUUUGCUAAUCGGCUGAC